AUAUCACUUGAAUUUAUGAAUCCACUUCACCAAUCCAUUUAACCUAAUUUAUGAAUCCACCAAUUAAUUUGAUCCAAACUCAUAAAUCCACAAAAAUUCAUGGAUUCAAUCCAUUUAUCACCUCUUUCUCCUUGGUCACCAUUCAGCCUGAUAAACACCUCAGAUCCGUAUCGAAAUUGUUAUCUAUCUACAGGGGAAAAGCAAACACUUUCAGUAUUUAUGGCUAGGAACAAAAAUUCCCAAUCAAUACGCAUACGCUACAACAAACGUUUCGAAGUCAAAAUCUCCUGUGUGUUGACUUUUUGAGCCACACACCUCAAGGCAACAAUGACGCUAUAAUUUCGCUAUCGAUAAUCGACGGUAUUCUAUACUAAUGUGCACAUCCUCAUCCGAUCCGAUGCACAAUUUAUUUCUUUAUACUUCUUUCGGCAACACCGUUGCGUUGACUGACUCUCCUGUGUUAAAUUAAGAGAGCAAGACCUAAGCAAGGCAGACAACCACCACUAAGCACGUUCCUACCCCAACAACACAAAGCCAUGGCGCUGGCGCAAACCAUCAUCUCACCACCACUACUCCUCACCUCCGAUCUCCCCCCGAUCCCAUCCAACCCGCCGCCCGCCGCCGUCACAUCCGAGCCGGACUACGACAGGGCGGCUGACGUCAAGGCGUUUGAAGACACGAAAGCCGGCGUCAAGGGGCUGGUGGACGCCGGGCUCACCACCAUCCCUCGCUUCUUCAUCCACCCUCCCGAAAACGACGCCGUGGUAGCAAGGGUCGGGGAUCCGCCCGUCCACCACUUGCCGCCGGUGAUAGACAUGGGGGCCGGGCGGUGGGAGGAGGUGGUGGAGCAGAUCAGGGAGGCGGCGGGGACUUGGGGGUUCUUCCAGGUCGUCAACCACGGCGUGGAAACGGAGCUCAUGGAGGAAAUGCUGGCGUCGACCAGGAGGUUCCACGAGCUGCCACGUGAGGAGAAGAUUCCGUUUUACUCAAGGGAUGUCACGAGGCCCGUUCGGUACGUCAGCAACGGCAGGCUGCUGGAUCGAGCGGCGCCGGCGGACUGGAGGGAUACGCUGGCGUUUCACGUUCCCGACGGCGGGUUGGACCCGCUAUCUGUUCCUCCUGUAUGCAGGGAAGUCGCAACAGAGUAUCUGAAACAAACACUCAAGCUGAAAAACAAGCUGGCGGAACUCCUCUCCGAUGCCGCGGGACUGAAUCGAGAUCACCUCUCCACCAUCAAGUGCAUGGAAUCACAGACAAUGGCGUGCCACUACUACCCACCUUGUCCCCAGCCUCACCUCACGAUCGGUUCCUCAAAGCACACCGAUCCCUUCUGCCUCACCAUCCUCCUCCAAGACCACAACCAAGGGCUCCAGGUUCGAAACCACGACCGGUGGGUCGACAUGCCGAAAUCGGCGCGAGGAGCUCUGGUGGUGAACGUCGGCGACUUCCUGCAGCUCAUCACCAACGACAAGUUCAAGAGCGUGGAGCAUCGAGUCGUAGCUCAGAGCUCCACUACACGUUCCUCAGUUGUUUGCUUCUUCGGCCCUGGCUCCGAGAAUAAGUACAGGCUUUACGGGCCUGCCAAGGAGCUGGUUCUGGGUGGUGAUCUUGUGGAGCCGGUUUACAGGGAGGUUCAUUUGGUUGAGUUUCUCGACUAUUUUAAGUCAAAUGGCUCCCCACUUUCUCACUUUAAAUUGUCUUGAAGGCUGAAGCCGUAUCAUUCAAGAAGACGUUAUAGCUAGCUUAUGUGGGGAAGUUUAUAACAUACUUUAUUUGUAUGAUUCGAAAUUUUCACAUAUUAAACAUUCUGAUCAAUUUUUCUGAUCUAUAACUUUGUGGCCUUAACUAUGCAUUAAAGUUACGAAAUUGGC